UAAUGGAAAAACGUCGAACGCCGAAGUGCAAAGAUGACGCUUCGAAAAGUGACACAACGCGUUCAUUGAACCUCUGGUAAAAUGAUAGCUCUUAGCGGGUAUAUAAGUCAGUCUGGAAUUGGCUCUCAGCAAGUGACGGCAGGCUUAUAAAGGAAUAAAUCGAAACUAUAAGACAGUUGUCUUUUGAGUGGAAAUACAUUCAGGAUUCUGCAUAUUGAAAAGCAUGGCAGCAGCUAUUAAUGCUGAAGUCAGAGGUGCAUUGAGCAUUUUAGCUAAACUUCAACGUCUGUUACCUAUUGCAACAGAUGAUUCAGGGGUACAAUGGUUUGAUGCAAACCAAGUUUGCAAAUUAUUGGGUUAUUCAAAAUAUACACCCUUAUCAUCUCUCAACUUAAUAAAAAAAGAAAAUGGCAGCUGUGUAAAAACAAUAACAUCUGGGAAUGCGCUUACUAAAGUGAUCAAUAAGGAAGGCAUCAUGCUGGUUAUCAUGACCACAACAAAUAUUCGGGUCAAAGAUGAGGAAACAAAUAAAUUUUGGCUAUUAAGAAGCUUCCUUACAGAGACCAUUCAAUCUCAGACCGAUAUUCUUUUCUUUGGAGGGCAGGCAAAACCACCAGUGCCUCAGAUAGAAAAGAGGCCAGCUCAGUUACCACAUGCAACGCUAAAUAUUAUAAAAUUUAAAGAAAUUUUAAAUAAAUUUGAUCUAAAAUUUGAUGAAUCUGAUCAAAAGUUUAAGGCAUAUGAUGAAAAGUUUGAUGAUAUUGAUAAACAGCUUAAAGAUUUACAAAAAAAAAAAAUCAGAAUAUACCUGUUUAUUAAAUGAAUAAAAUUAUAUGAGUGUAACAGCUACCUCAAAUGUACUUCAAUUUAAAAGAAUUUUAAUAUGCUAAUAAAAAUUGGUUAUGGUAUUUAAUCGCAUUUGAAUAUUAUUAUUAACAUCAUCAUAUCGAAUCCAACGAUAACGCUCCUCUCCAAACUUUUUCCAUAGUUAUCGCCAUGCACCUGAUGG